AUGGAGGCGCAGUUCAAGAAUGAUGAAAUAACGAGAGAUGAUACAAAGUUCGACCAUGUAGUAGCAGGUUUAGAGCCGAAAUACCUGGAGUACAUAGUUGAUGUGAUUCGAGAUCCACCGAAGGUGUUGAAAUAUGAGACGUUGAAGAAACGGUUAAUAUAUGAAUUCACAGAAUCGGAGCACAAAAGGCUGCGUAAGUUGCUGACAGAAUUGGAGCUAGGUGACAUGAAACCAACUCAAUUGCUGAAGAAAAUGAAGGAAAUGGCCGGCAAUUCAAUGAAUGAUGAUGUACUAAAGUCAUUGUGGUUACAGCGAUUGCCAGUGGGAGUUAGAACAAUCGUAGCUGCAGUCGAAGGUGAUUCUGUGAGCCAAGGUGACUGA